AUGGUGAGGCUCGUGCUGCCCAACCCGGGCCUGGAGGACCGGAUCCUGUCCCUGGACCAGCUGGAGAGCAUCGAGGAGGAGGAGGCCAGCUCCCGGCCCAAGUGGGACAACAAGGCCCAGUACAUGCUCACCUGCGUGGGCUUCUGCGUGGGCCUGGGCAACGUGUGGCGUUUCCCGUACCUGUGCCAGAGCCAUGGCGGAGGGGCCUUUAUGAUCCCCUUCCUCAUCCUGGUGGUCGUGGAGGGGAUGCCAUUGCUGUACCUGGAGUUUGCCAUUGGGCAGAGGCUGCGGAAGGGGAGCGUGGGCAUCUGGAGCUCCAUUCACCCGAUCCUGAAGGGUGUAGGCAUUGCGUCCAUGUUCGUGUCCCUCAUGGUGGGCCUCUACUACAACACCAUCAUCGCCUGGGUCAUGUGGUACUUCUUCAACUCCUUCCAGGACCCUCUGCCGUGGAGCCAGUGCCCGCUCAACGAGAACCAGACUGGCUACGUGGAAGAGUGUGCCCGCAGCUCCCCCGUGGACUACUUCUGGUACCGGGAGACCCUCAACAUCUCCACCUCCAUCAAUGACUCGGGCUCCGUGCAGUGGUGGGUCCUGCUCUGCCUGACCUGCGCCUGGAGUGUGCUCUAUGUGUGCACCAUCCGCGGCAUCGAGACCACCGGGAAGGCUGUGUACAUCACCUCGACGCUGCCCUAUAUCGUCCUGACCGUCUUCCUCAUCCGGGGCCUGACGCUGAAGGGAGCCACCAACGGCAUCGCCUUCCUCUUCACACCGAACAUCGAGGAGCUGGCCAAACCGACCACCUGGCUGGACGCAGGGACCCAGGUCUUCUUCUCCUUCUCGUUGGCCUUUGGGGGCCUCAUCUCCUUCUCCAGCUACAACUCUGUCCACAACAAUUGCGAGAAGGACUCGGUGAUCGUGUCCAUCAUCAAUGGCUUCACGUCCGUGUUCGCAGCCACGGUGAUCUACUCCGUCAUCGGUUUCCGCGCCACCGAGCGCUACGAUGAGUGCUUCAGCACGAAUAUCCUGACGCUCAUCAACGCGUUCGAUCUGCCCGAAGGCAACGUGACGCAGGAGAACUUUGAGGAGAUGCAGCGAUGGUGCAACGCCACUGACCCCGCGGCCUACGCCAAGCUGAGUUUCCAGACCUGCGACUUGAACUCCUUCCUCUCCCAGGGCGUGGAGGGCACCGGGCUGGCCUUCAUUGUCUUCACCGAGGCCAUCACCAAGAUGCCGGUGUCCCCGCUGUGGUCUGUGCUCUUCUUCAUCAUGCUCUUCUGCCUGGGCCUGUCGUCCAUGUUCGGGAACGUAGAAGGUGUGGUCGUGCCCCUGCAGGACCUCAAGGUCAUCCCCAAAAAGUGGCCCAAGGAGCUGGUCACAGGCCUCCUCUGCUUGGGGUCCUAUCUCAUCACCUUUGUCUUCACGCUGAACUCGGGCCAGUACUGGCUCUCCCUGAUGGACAAUUACGCUGGCUCCAUCCCCCUGCUCAUCGUGGCCUUCUGUGAGAUGUUCUCCGUGGUCUACGUGUAUGGUGUGGACAGGUUCAACAGGGACAUCGAGUUCAUGGUCGGUCACAAGCCCAACAUCUUCUGGCAAGUCAUGUGGAGACUGGUCAGCCCGCUGAUCAUGCUGGUCAUCUUCCUGGCCUUCUUCGUGGUCGAGGUCACCAAGGAGCUGACAUACAGCGUCUGGGACCCUGCCUAUGAGGAAUUUCCCAAUUCCCGGAGGACCUCGUACCCGGGCUGGGUGUACGUCGUGGUUGUCAUCGUGGCCGGUGUGCCCUGCCUCUCCAUCCCCGGCUUUGCCAUCUACAAGCUCAUCAGGAACUACUGCCAGAGGCCAGGGGACCACCAGGGGCUGGUCAGCGCGCCGUCCACGGCCUCCGUGAACGGGGACCUGAAGUGCUGAGUGGUCCCUCCCACAGCAUGUGGCGCCUGGUAUCUGAGGAGGGGCUGGGUGUACUUGUGUGUGUAUAUGUGUGUUCACAUGUGAGUGUGUACAUGUGUGAGUGUGUGUGCACAUGUGACACACGUAUGUAUGCUGUAUGGGUGUGUGCACGUGUGUAUGCACAGGUGAGUCUGUGCCUAUAUGUUUGCGUGCAUGAGUGAG